GAGAGCAUCAGUGCUCCAAAAGACUCCCAAGAGUAGGUGGGUUCAAGCGAAAAUGGACAUGCCUUUGACUUCCUUUGUCUCUUUGCUCUCUGGUCUCAUGUUCCUACUGCUGAUUCCUAGAGACUCCUGUGUAGAUAUAAUUGGAGGUGAUGAAGUAUAUCCUCAUUCAAGACCCUACAUGGCCUUAAUCCUGGAGGGAAAAAAAUUAUGUGGAGGAGUUCUGAUCAAAGAAAACUGGGUGAUAACUGCAGCUCACUGUUCCAUAAAAAGAACAACCAAUGUCAUUCUUGGAGCUCACUCAAAAAGCAAGAAAGAGGCAGAAAAACAGAUAAUGACUGUUAAGAAAGAGAUUCCCUACCCAUGCUAUGACCAAACCACACAUGAAGGUGAUCUUAAACUUCUUCAGCUGAAUGGAAAAGUGAAGAUUACAAAGGCUGUAAGACUACUGAAACUGCCCCAAAGUGGAAAAGACAUCAAACCGGGUACUGCUUGCCAAGUUGCAGGAUGGGGAAAAACAGUCAACAGAUCCAAUAAGCCUUCAGACACUCUGAGAGAAGUCAACGUCACUGUUAUCGACAGAAAAAUCUGCAAUGAUGAAGAUCAUUACAAUCUUAAACCUUUUAUUGGCCCAAACAUGAUUUGUGCUGGAGAUAUAAAUGGCGGGAAAGACUCGUGUGAUGGGGAUUCUGGUGGCCCUUUGAUAUGCCAAGGCAGUUUUACAGGAAUCACUUCGUUUGGUCUUCCUGGAAAAUGCGGGGUUCCCCAAGGACCUGGUGUCUACACUCUUCUCUCAGUGAAAUACCUCAACUGGAUAAAGAAUACCAUCAAGAGAGUGGCUUAGCCCACUUUGACUCAGUCCCGAUGAUUCCUUAAUGCUAUAAUCAACAAUCAGGACCUAAGAGAAAAUCAAUUUUUUUCCUGAAGCAUAAGUAAAUGUAAGCCAAGUUUCCACUGGCAAAGUGAAGCUAAAAAUUGAGAGUAAUUUAGGUAAUUCAAAUUAAAAAAACGCAGAUGUUAAUGAAAAGUGGAA